AUGCCCAUCUGCAUUGAGUGCAGACACCCAGUCCCGACGCUGUGGACGCAGUACUCUGGGGCUGGAGACAAGUCCAGUGGGCAUAACAUCCGGUUGACGGUAUGCAAGAACUGCGGUCGGUUCUGCGACAAAUAUGUAGAGCAUGACUUUGUCGUCCUCUUUAUCGAUCUCGUCUUGAUCAAACCGCAGGUCUACCGUCAUCUUUUACACAACACUCUCAUGAAGGAGGAUGACAGCUUCGAUACUGACCCGAAGACAAGCAAUGAGCUGAGUAGCCUAGCUCAACAGUCAAUUGUCUACCAAUACAUGUUCUUUCUCGUCCUCUGCGCGCUCUCUACAUUGGCAUUCCACAUGAGCAUUCGUUUCCUCACGUCCUCGCCGUUGUCGCCACUGGUUGUCCUCGGCACAAUCCGCCGCUAUCCACGGCCUAACUCAGUGUCUACGGCCCUACUUGUGUCGUCUUCGACCAAACUUUUCCCGAUCCUGAUGGUCAUAUGGCGUUAUGACGUCCCCGCAGCUGCGCGGUCGCUUGGGUGGGCUGUGGUGGCAAAUAACAUUGAGGCCUUGAGAAUACUUCUUGACUGUGGAUAUAUCGUCGCCGCAGUGUUAGCCGCGGUCGGUGCUGUUGCCCGCUGGGCCGUCGGUCGCGCCGUACUCUGGAUUGGGGGCCUGCGCGGCAUUGACUCGGUUGGUGAGACCAGUAUAGCAGACGACGGCAAGGCCCUGUGGGCGCUCCUCGUGCAUAUGAGGAAUUGGGCUGGCCAGCUCGUCAGUGGAUAG